UCCCUAUUACGAGUUCAGUCAUCUUUGCAGAUGCUGCACCAUCAGUUUUGCAGAGACAAUGAUUUUCUGGCUCAACUUAAUGUAGUUUCUUUUGGAGCGACCUGAAAAGAGCAGAAGUGGUCAUUUCUCCGCUUUCGUAUGCCUCUUACAGACUGCUACGAGAUGACAGUACGGUUGAUGAUGUCCUUUUGUCGUAUCAUAACAUUUUCGGGAGUCAACCAAGAUGUUUUUGCGUCGUGAUGAGCUUGUGUGUGGAGCAUCGCUGGAUGCAAUGCGAACAACCCCUAUUCCUACUAGGAUACGCCCUACAUCCAGUAUACGCAGAAGAUGCCAGGAGUUUACCGAACACUGCUGGGUCGUUGCCGAAGGUGGCGGUCUACUACUUUUGGAGGCUGUUUCACACUGAAGAAAUGGGAACUAUCAAGCGUGAUAUGUUUUCAUAGAUGGAGAACCGUUUUACAAGAACCCGGCCCAGUGAGUUUGAUAACUGUCCUUGGGAAUACUGGGAAUACAUAGCCAAGAAGAAUCCAAAAAGUAAGCUUCCCAUGCUGGCAAUGAGAGUAUUAUCGAUUGUGGUGAACACCGUAACGUGCGAGCGCUUGUUUAGCGAGCAUGGGAUCAUGCUGCGAAAAGGAAUCGCUUGGCAUCCGACAAAGCGCUCGAUAUUCAGACUGUAGCCCAGCACGUCCGCCAGCGAGCAGUGAAGCACGAGAAUAUGCAUUCGAAGAAAAAGCUGCUUCUGUGUCCGGAUGAGCGCGAAAUCGUACGUGAUACACUUGUUGGAAUAUUUACCCCUCCUCCACCACCAGCUCUAGAGAGAAAUGCUGAUUCUGAAGCCGACGGUGACGAUGACGAUCCAGGUAAUGGAGCAGACGGAGAGAAAACGAUGGCGUUAUGGAGUGAGUAUCUCGAUGAGGUCUUCGAAGACGAAGAACUUGAUAGAGGGUAUGAGGAAGCACACAGCACAUUGAACCAACAUGUCGAAGAUGACUCUGGUGAGUUUGAGGUCAUUGCACUGCCGGCCUUGCAUGAAUUCCCCAGACACAAUGAUCCAGCAUUCCCUCAGGAAAAAAAGCUGACAGGAUUCAGGGACCAGAAGGUUACGUUGGCAGAGCUUUUUGGAUAGUUCUUGGCAGUUUGAACGGUAUACUGGCGCCAUAGAGAGGUACGACAAGUUGUCGACAACUGAGUUGUAUCUGUAUCCAGAACUGAUUGCUGGUAGAGUACACCGCAUAUGGUUUUGAAAGAAUGAACUCAAUAAAACAAUUCCUUACCAGG